AUGCUCUCAUCCACAGCAGAUCUUGUCCAUCUCUCUCUCUCUAUCUCUCUCUCUCUGUGCGCGAGCGUCCAUGGCCUGUUUCUCUGCAAAUCAGCUCUACUCUCUUUCAUGGAGGUUCUCUGUUAAACCUAGACCACAAAACCCCAACUGCACUCGCUCAUGGUUCGUUAACCGUAGAAAUCGGACUCUCAGCCCUCUAUCCAAUUCCAAUCGCCGGCCUUCACGAGCUUCUCUUGAUUCUACGUGUGUUGGAAUCGAAGCUGAUAUCUCAGAGAGGGCUUCGACUAUCCGAGAACUCUGUGAAGAUCACAUUCCAGAUCAUAUAUUGCGCAGGGUGGAAGAGGUUGGAUUUGUUGUGCCUACAGAUGUGCAGCGGAAAGCUUUGCCGAUUAUGCUUUCUGGGCGUGAUUGCAUACUUCACGCUCAGACAGGUUCUGGGAAGACCCUGGCAUACCUGCUAUCAAUUUUUGCAGUUGUAAACACUCAAAGAUCAUCAGUGCAAGCACUUAUUGUGGUGCCCACUAGUGAACUUGGCAUGCAAAUUACAAAAGUUGCUCGUAUGCUGGCUGCAAAACCUGCUGAAUUUGGAGAGGAGGCAUGCUGUGUUAUGGCUCUUCUAGAUGGUGGAAUGCUGAGAAGACAUAAAAGUUGGUUGAAGGUGGAGCCCCCUACAAUAGUGGUUGCAACUUUGGGGAGUUUGUGUCAAAUGAUUGAUAAGAAAAUUCUUAAGCUAGAUUCAAUGCAGGUGUUGGUAAUUGACGAGGUUGAUUUCAUGUUCAAUUCUUCUAAGCAAGUCAGUUCACUUCGAAAGCUUCUAAUAUCAUACUCACUAAGAAAUAAUCGUCAGACUAUUUUUGCCAGUGCAUCAAUUCCCCAGCACAAACGAUUCUUAUCUGACUGCAUUCAGCAAAAAUGGACCAAGGAUGAUGUUGUUCAUGUCCAUGUAAACCCAGUUGAGCCAAUGCCAUCACGCCUGCAUCACAGAUUUGUGAUGUGUGGUAAAAAUGAAAGACAUCAAACCUUGCUAUCCUUGUUACGGGGCGAUGCACCUCAUUCUGCUAUAAUUUUUGUCAGCGUACAGUCCGAGAAGUCAAAGAAGGCUGGCCAUGCUCCACCAACAACUCUUCUAAUUGAUUUGUUGAAGACUUCUCUUCCAGGGUGUUUUGAUAUUCUUAUGCUGGAGGAAGACAUGAAUUUCAAUUUACGAGCAGCUUCGUUAUCUGUGACAAUUCCUUUCAGUUUGGUUUCGGAAAACUUGGUGGUGGCUGCUUUGUUUGUUCUAUUGAAAAUGGAAAUGAGACAAGGAAGAAGCUAUCUUCUUGUGGCAACAGAUAUAGCAGCCAGAGGAGUUGAUCUUCCAGAGAUAACCCAUAUAUAUAACUUUGAUCUGCCAAAAACUGCAGUGGAUUAUCUUCAUCGAGCCGGGAGGACAGGUAGGAAACCAUUAUCAGACAAUAAAUGUUUUGUUACUAGCAUUAUAACAUCAGAAGAACGGUUUGUGUUACAGAGAUUUGAAAAUGAACUCAUGUUUCAAUGUACUGAGGUGUUUCUAUAAACUCAAUUUUAGUUUCAGUUUCAUUCAAUAUUAGCUUCAUCCCUCUCGUUCUUCUCUC